AUGGUCGACACUCUAAGCCUGGAAGGAAAAGUAGCUAUCGUCACUGGCUCAGGUCGGGAGAACGGCAUUGGUGCUGGCAUAGCUCUUGCCCUUGCCAGAAAUGGAGCCUCGGUAACCGUGAACUACGUCUCCGACUCGACUAAAGCACGCGCUGAAAAUGUCUGCACACUACUCCGCGAAGCAGGCGGUAAGGCCAUCACUGUCCAGGCUUCAGUUGACACGAUCGAGGGGGCUCAGCAUCUCGUCAACAAGACGCUUGAAGGCUUUGGCACAGACCAUAUCGAUAUCCUGGUCAACAAUGCCGGGUCCGCUUAUUUCAGUCCCAUAACGCAGCAGCCUAAUGUGGAAGAACUUACCAAAGUCUUCCAACUGAAUGUUCUUGGUGCUUUUUACAUGGUCCACUACGUCGUUGCCCACAUGCCCCCAGGCGGGCGAAUCAUCAACGUCAGCUCUACCAACGCAAAGAGAGGCAAUGUCAAUAUCUCUUCUUAUGCAGCAUCAAAAGCGGCUCUAGACAGUUUGACGUGGAGUUGGGCCGGUGAGCUCGGCCGCAGCAAGGGUAUCACUGUGAAUUCUGUUGCUCCUGGCCCCGUGAUAACAGAUUUAUAUCCAAAGGGCAAAGAAGAGGAAUUGUCGAGGGAAGAGAUAUCUAUCACCAGAGCUGCGGACAGAGCUGGUACAACUGCUGAUAUCGGCGAUGCCGUGCUCUUGUUGGUGAAUGAGAAAUCGAGAUGGAUCACGGGACAGUAUAUCAGUACCAGUGGGGGAGUUACUUACUGA